UUCAACAUUUGGUGUCGGAUUUUCAAACGUAUUUAAACUAACAAACAUAAAUAAACUCAAGUGUGCUUAGUAUUUGUCGCGCACCAUGUUGAUGUACGCGCCGCUAGCAUUCAUAGCCGUCGGCUAUCUAGUGUAUUGGUACAUCACCAGAACGUUCAAUUAUUGGAAAAAUAGAAAUGUGGCCUACCCAGCGCCGGUACCGUUGUUUGGUAACAUAAAAGAUUCCGUUUUGCGAAAGAAAUUCAUUGGCGUCGUCUUUAAAGAACUUUACGACCAAUUUCCAAAAGAAAAAGCAAUAGGAAUAUACAGAAUGACCACGCCGUGUGUUCUGGUCCGCGACCUGGAUAUCAUGAAACAGAUUUUGAUAAAGGACUUUAAUUUAUUCGUAGACCGUGGCGUAGAGUUCAGCAAGGAGGGACUCGGAGCCAAUUUAUUUCACGCGGAUGGUGACAUAUGGAAAGUUCUUCGAACCAAGUUUACCCCUAUAUUUACAUCAGGAAAAUUGAAGAAUAUGUUCCCCUUAGUAUCAGAGCGUGCGGACAUGUUUAUUGAAAACAUGAAAAAAAUCUGCAGAGAUAAACCGGAGCAGGACUUACAAAGUCUUUCCAAAAAGUACACGAUGUCGACCAUCUCUGCUUGCGCAUUCGGACUCGACAUUAAGAACGACGAUGAUACUAACUUCGCAGUCCUUGAGAAACUAGACAAGCUCAUAUUCAAACCAACUUAUGGAUCUGAAUUGGAUAUGAUGUUUCCCGGAAUUUUGAAAAAAAUUAGUUCUUCUUUAUUCCCCGCUGAAGUGCACGCAUUUUUCAACGACCUUGUAAAAUCAAUCUUUGAACAAAGAAAAGGCGUGCCAUCAAAUAGAAAAGAUUUUAUGGAUCUCAUAAUAGAAAUGAGGCAGCAAAAAAUAGUUCGAGCUAAUAAGAACGUGGAUGAUUCCGAAGUUUCAUUAGAGCUGACAGAUAGCUUAAUAGCAGCUCAGGCUUUUGUAUUUUACGCCGCUGGAUUCGAGACGUCGUCCGCGACGAUUUCGUUCUUAUUGUAUGAACUAUCACAAAACCGAGACGUUCAAGACAAGCUUAUAGCAGAAAUAGAUGAAACUCUUGAAAAGUGCGGAGGGAACAUAUCUUUUGAUGUAUUGAUGGAAAUGCCAUAUUUGACCAGAGUGUUUGAAGAAACAUUGAGGAAGUACCCUAUUGUCGAUCCAUUGCAGAGGUGUGCGCAAACGGACUAUAAGAUUCCUGGUACUGACAUCACUGUAAAAAAGGGUCAAAUUGUGCUGUUUCCAGUUCUUGGAAUUCAUCACGAUGAGAAAUAUUAUCCGAAUCCGGAAGUGUUCGAUCCAGAUAGAUUCACCCCGGAGAACUCCAGAGACAGACAUCCCUGUGCGUACCAGCCGUUCGGAGUUGGACCCAGAAAUUGUAUCGGGAUGCGGUUCGCUAAAGUUCAAAGUCGGACAUUCAUAGUAAAGUUGCUGUCAAACUUCCGCAUAGAGGCUUCGGAAAGGACGCCCUUCAAAAAUUUCGACGGCAACCGACUUGUGAUGGCAGCUGAUGGUGGAAUGUAUUUGAACUUCGUUGCCAGGCAGAAAAGAUAAUAUUACUAUUUUAAGAACAACAUGACUGUACAUAUUGUUUAUUACUGUCUAUGAGAUCCAAGUAGACAUCAUAUACAUAAUACGAUCGCGCCUAUUUCCUGUUGGGGUAGGCAGAGACCACGGAAUUCUUACGAUCUGGCUUCUGCCACUCUCAUCAAAGCACAUACCACACACACAGUCACUUCACUCUUAUCAUCGUAUAAUAUACAGCAUGUUAAUGACAUCGUAACGAAAACUUUGAGGGAUGAUUCAGGCCAUGGUUCUGAGUUGAUAUCAAGUGGUAUUUUCCGUCGCAAAAGUAUAAAACGGAAAGUAAUUAAAAAAACACCAACAUUUUCAUGAAUUAUGUGACAGGUAAAUCCACUUGACAUCAACUCAGAUUCAUGGUAUUUAAUUAUAUUAUUAAUAAAAAUAUUCCACGUCGUUCUUGAUAUUGUAGGCUAAGAUUAUACAAUGGUAAUUUGGAUACUUUCGGCGGAUAAAAUGUCGGCCCCAAUAUAAUAAAUAUUAUAAAUUGAAUACAUUUUCGAUGCCAUGUGGGUAUUACUAAAUAUAUAGUUUUGUGUCUCAUCAAUUCUUUUUGAUUUUUAAAUAUAGGUUCUUACUUUUAUUUUUGUUCUUUAUACGUAAGUACUUAAUCAAAAUUGAACAUUAUUAAAAUGUCAAUAGUAGUAUAGUUAUGUAGGUACUGUGAUAUGUGUUACUACUGUUUAUAACUACUAUUAUCUAUAACUGUACCUAAAUUUAUGCACCAUAAAAAUCUUUAUCUUUA